AUGUCACCGAAAACAGAUUUGGCCUCUCCAGCUCCCAAAGCCCAGCAAGGAGAAUCCCCUUCUACCCCUAGCCAAGUCUCCCAGCGAGACAAGAAGCUAGAGACCUUGAGAGCAAUGAAUAAAGACUUAGAGUCCCAAGUUGCGGCAAUCGAGAGCCAAGUCGCUGAGAUUCGAGCCAAACUCAAAAAUGACCCCUCUGAAACAGUGAAGCGGCACAUCCGGUUGCUACAUGAGUACAACGAGAUCAAGGAUGUUGGGCAGGGAUUGAUAGCUCUUAUUGCGGAUGCCUGUGGGAUGAGGCAGGUUGAUGUAGAGAGGGAGUUCGGGGUCUGUGAGAAGGAUUGA